AUUUGAGAUGAGCAUGGACAAUAUGCAGAGGCCCAUCAAAGUUCUGAUGUUGCCAUGGCUUGCUCAUGGCCACAUAUCACCAUUUCUAGAGCUAGCAAAGAGGCUCUCCACGAGAAACUUCCACAUUUACCUGUGUUCCACUCCUGUAAACCUUAGUUCCAUCAAGCCCAAGAUGUCCGAGAAACAUUCAUCCUCCAUUGAACUCGUCGAGCUUCACCUUCCAUCUCUGCCUGACCUCCCUCCCCAUUAUCACACAACCAAAGGCUUGCCUCCGCACCUCAUGAAAGCCCUCCAAGCGGCCUUUGACAUGGCGAGGCCCGGCUUCUCCGAUAUCGUCAAGAGCAGGCCCGAUCUGCUCCUCUACGACUUUAUCCAACCGUGGGCACCGGAGGUAGCUAAAUCUCAUGGCGUGCCAGCAGUCGUCUUCUUCAGUGUCGGUGCAGGGCCGCUCUCGUUUAUGCUCCAUGUGCUCAAGAACACCUGCAACGAGUUCCCGUUUGAAGCAAUUUUCCUCCAUGAUUACGAGCUUGUGAAAAUCAUUAAGGCGGCGGAAGACGCCGGGGACGGCAGGAAGGAUAGGACUCCAAAGAGUGUUGAGAGGUCCUCCAACUUCAUCUUGUUGAAGUCCUUUAGAGAGCUGGAAGGGAAGUACGUGGAUUAUCUCUCAAGUUUCUCGGGGAAAACAGGGGUGCCUGUUGGUCCACUUGUGGAAGAGCCUAGUAACGUAGAAGAUGGAGAUAACAUCAUUGAGUGGCUUGACAAGAGAGAGAAGUCAUCUGCUGUUUUAGUUUCAUUUGGCACUGAAUAUUUUCUGACUGAGAAAGAAAGAGAAGAGAUUGCUUCUGGAUUGGAGCUUAGCAAUGUCAAAUUCCUUUGGGUCAUUAGGUUUCCUGUAGGAGAGAGCAUGGAGCUUGAAGAGGCAUUGCCCGAGGGGUUCUUGGAAAGAGUUAGAGGUAGGGGUCUGGUGAUAGUUGGAUGGGCACCACAAGGAAAGAUUCUGGAGCAUCCAAGCAUUGGUGGGUUCGUGAGUCAUUGCGGAUGGGGCUCCGUCAUGGAGAGCAUGAAGUCUGGUCCAAUCAUCGCGAUGCCAAUGCAUCUCGAUCAGCGGAUGAACGCCCGGAUAGUCGGUGAGGUCGGAGUCGGAUUGGAGGUCAAGAGAAAUGAGAGCGGAGAGCUCAAGAGACUGGAGAUAGCGAAGGUGAUCAGAGAUGUAGUGGUGGAGAAAGAUGGAGAGGGUGUGAGGAAGAAGGCAAGAGAAAUGAGUGACAGCAUUAGGAAGAAAGGAGAGGGAGAAUUAGACGAAGUGGCUGAUGCAUUGGUCCAACUUUGCGUGGGAUAUAAAGAUUAAUUGACUUGGCGUUAAUUACAUUUCUUGAAAUAGUUGCAUUCUAUAA